CUCUCUCUGUAGGACACAAACACAAGUAGGCGAAGCGAAGGUGAGUGACAAAACCACAAACAAGUUGCAAUCCGUUUGGCGGAAGACAACGCAGUUCGGUCACUUCCUUUGUCCUCUCUCUCUCUCUCUCUCUCACUUUCACAUAAUCUACCAGGUGAAAUGGAGAACCCAGAAGCAAAUCAGCUUCCUGAAGUUGAUUCUUUGCCUGAUGGGUUUGUUGUGAGCUCCCCAGAGCCGCUGGCUCCGGCAACUCCAACCGUAGAACAAGAGAAGCCGUUGGGUAACAACGAGAAUGAUAAUUCUACAGAAAGGGAUAGUUCAAAGGAACCUGUAGGUGAAUCGGCUGCAAAUGAGUUUCAGCCAAGCCAGGAUAGGGCAGAGAAGACUCAGAAACUGAGAACGUUUCCUGUUCUGUUGUCUGAAACAGAUAGUUCUCAUGUUUCAGUAGAAUCAGUUCAGGUUCCCAAAGAUGCCUCUGCCGAGCAGACAGAAGAAGGUACACUCGUCAUGCCUGAUUCAUCUGUUUCUGUUUCUGAGGCUUCGGUUGGGCUAUCUGUAGGCGGUGAGGUAAAGGAGGAACAAGUUGAAGCAAGAUGUCAAAGUUCAGAGAGACCAGCUGAAGGAGGCUCAGAUGCGUCACCCACCAAUUUGAAGGAAACGUCCUCAUUGGAGAGUGUUGGAACUUUGAAAAACAGAAACAGAAUCCACUGAAACCAAACGUAAGAGUGUAAAGCGUACCUUUAAAUCUGAAAAGGAGUUCAUAGAAUUCACCUUGAAGUAUCAACAAGCUCUUGCUGAAAGAGAUUCGGCCAUUUCUGUUCGAGAUAAGCUUGAGUCCUUGUGCAGGGAGUUACAACGCCAGAACAAAGUAUUAAUGGAUGAGUGCAAACGGGUGUCAACGGAGGGGCAGAACUUGAGAUUAGAUUUAUCAGUCAAGUUCCAAGAUGCAAUAAAGGAUGUGAGCACUAAAUUGGAUGAGCAAAAGGAAGAAUGUAUCUCUCAGCUAAAGGAGAAUGAAAUGUUAAGAACUAAGCUCCAGCAGCUCACUUAUCAGCACACUCUUUCUGAACAGCAAUAUGAACAGAAGUUAAAGCAGAAAUCACUGGAGCUUCAAAUUGCUGAUUUGAAGACUAAGCAGCAUGAAGAGAAAUUACUCCAGGAACAGUCCCAGAUGAAAUUAUAUGCGGAACAGGUGUCACAGUUAUUAUCAACUGAAAAGAAUUUGCGCUUACAGUUGACAGCUGAUGGAGAGAAAUUCCAACAGUUUCAGGAUGCAUUGUUGAAAAGCAAUGAAGUUUUUGAGACAUUUAAACAGGAGAUUGAAAAGAUGGCAAAGUCCAUCAAGGAACUCAAGAAGGAAAACUUAUUCUUGAAGAGCAAAUGUGAGAAAACAGAUGUCACUCUUAUAGAACUUGUAGACGAGCGUGAACGGUUGAAGAAACAGUUGGAGAAAACAAAGAACCAGAAAGAAAAGCUUGAAUCAUUGUGCCGGUCACUUCAAGCAGAAAGGAAACAGAACUCCACUGGGAGCAACAACUCCGAUUCUGUUCCAUCUUGAACACCGCUCUGCUCAACUGUGUAACUUAAAAACUGAUUUUGAUGACCACCAUUACAAAUGUUACCCCGUGUACUUAUUUUUGCUAUGACUUGUUUUUCAAGAAACGGGAACAAGAGACGUGUGAUAUUGCGAUGAGUGUAAUUCAUACUCGUUUAUUUAGCAAUAUUUGUAUUAUUUUGCUUCACUAGAUUGUAUCCUCUCAAUGUUUAACUCGCAAAAUCGAGAAUUGUUUUUGUUCA